UCGCUCUUUGUAUGCAACUAUUCAAACUGCAUUUUUUAACAUAAAGACUGCUGUUUGUCUGCAUUGCAAAAACUGGUAUUCCAAUCAGGAAAUACAAAAACCAGCCUUUGGCCGAGAGUCACUCCCUAAACUUCACUAUAUACUCGGAACUCCACCCUGAUUUACACACGACAGGUGUGUGCACAGGAGACUCAAAAAUGAAUGAGACUGGAUUUCAGCUGUCUCUGGCUGAGUAUGAUUUCGAGCGGCACUUUGAUGAGAGGUUUGCUAUUGAGUGGAUGCAGGACAACUGGAAAAAGUCUUUUUUGUUUGGUGCUGUGUAUGUAGUGCUGGUGUUUGGUGGGCAGCACUUCAUGAAGGAAAGACGAAGACUUGACCUACGUAGAGUGUUAAUUCUUUGGUCCCUCAGUUUGGCCAUCUUUAGUAUCAUUGGAGCAGUGAGAACUGGGUGCUUCAUGUUCUACAUUCUCAGAAACAGUGGCUUUAAACAGUCUGUUUGUGAUCAGAGCUUCUACUAUGGGCCAAUAAGCAAGUUCUGGGCUUGUGCCUUUGUGCUGAGCAAGGCCCCAGAGCUAGGGGACACCAUGUUCAUCGUCCUGCGCAAGCAGCGGCUGAUCUUCCUGCACUGGUAUCAUCAUAUUACCGUGCUGGUGUACUCCUGGUAUUCCUACAAAGACCAGGUCGCUGGUGGUGGCUGGUUCAUGACCAUGAAUUACAUCGUGCACGCGCUCAUGUACAGCUACUACACGGCUCGAGCUGCUGGAGUCCGUGUGCCCAAACCCUGCGCCAUCAUCAUCACUUCCUCUCAGAUUGCUCAGAUGGCCAUGGGGCUGGCAGUAAGUGCGCUAGUGUACCAGUGGAUGCAGGACGGGGAUUGCCCUUCUUACAUAGAUAACAUAGUGUGGGCUUCACUCAUGUAUCUCAGCUAUCUGCUCCUCUUCUCCUCUUUCUUUUAUCAGACUUACAUGAAGGGUUCAAAACAAGCCACAAGCAUAAAAAAAGAGUGAUGCACAGCCCUGAGGUUUGACUACGAGAUUUUAUUUCUGAUGGUUUACCUUGUUAAAAUGCAUAUUAUUUAUUUCCUGAUUUAAAGCAAGGUGAGCGAUGAAGAAUUUUACAUUUUUUAAACAGCCAGACAGUAAUAGCCAUGUCUCAUGUUUCAGGGCUGUUAUUAUUUUCCAGUUGGUAUUAGCAGAGCAAAGCGCAUUAAAUACAACUCUUGUUUUUGCUGUAGAUAACUUAAAUAGUUUUUGUAGAUUUUUAAAUCCUAUGGGUCCUUUAUGACUUUUUCCCCCAAGUCUUACAGGCCACAGUUUCUAAUCUUCAAAAGUCCUUGCUUGUUUAUUCUUUGGAGACUUUAUAAGAUGGCCUGAACCCAUCUGAAACAUGUGGUGUAUGUUGAAGCAUGUGCCAAGAUCCUCGUAAUCUGUGCGCAUAGUCAAAGAACAAGUGAGUCAUUUGCCAAAAGAUUCCUAAUGUAAAUGUACAACCUAACAUGUUCCAGUUGGCCACCCUUUCUAAAUUCCACCCAUGCUCUCCUGGGUGUGUAGGUAUUGCUUACUAGUUCAGUGUUUCCACCUCAUGAUGUCACAGAAACUUGGAUCAUCUGUGCUGACUGGUUGGACCGGUACCCAGCCAUUUAAAUUGGGCAUUUUUGUCUGGAUAUCUCUGAAGGGACGACACCCAUGUUCUCGCUCUCAUUCUGUGCAUAUUUCUGUCGUGAGUUCACUGUAGCUCUCGUUCACUGAAGUUACGAUUGAUAUUGGACUCUUUCACGUUUGUGUUUCACAGAACCGUUAACUGUCCCUAUAAUGGUGUUUGUUAAUGGAGUGCACAGUUGUAUUUAUAUUUAUCUUGUAUAUCUCACGGUCACAUUUGGGACAAUUGUGUAAUGGUUGUCGGGGGUAUUUUUCCACUGAAACUACAGUGAUAAGGUUUACAUUUAAAAGAUAUUGUAUUAUGUAAUAGUAGAGAAUAAUCCUUUGAGAAUAUUCAGUGGAGUUAUGCACUCUAACAUAGUAUCAUCAGAAAUGUUGCUGCUACUGUCCAAGUUUUUUUUUUUUUUUUUUUUAUGUCCUCUGGUCUCUACUGUCUGUUCCUGUUGAAGACUGUGAAAGACUUUGUCUACCUUUUUGUAUUUCAGUUGAAAGGACAUUUUGAUUGUUAAAAGAUUUUAUGACCGUCUGAAAUAUGUUGGAGAUGGCAGCCACAUAAUUACUUUGUUGAAUUAGGAACAGCAAAGUUGAAUGUAGUGGCACCAAGCCUACAUUACAAGACAUGGUUAACUUUAUUUUAUGUAAGUAUUUAUCUUUCCUACCUGAUCAUCUGUACAAGUUCUUAGCUUAUAUGAAGUCAUUGUGUAUAUAUUUUUGUCAUUUAAAUAAAAUUGUUUCUAUA